AUUGUUGCUUCUUUUAGCCAUGCCUGGGUGCCUCUGGUUGUGGCAGGCAGGCAUUGGAGCCUCAGCAUGGAAGUAGUGCCUUCACUGGAACUGACACUCUUCCAGGGCAGGAAAACCACCUGUGGGUUUGCACUUAGAUGUUGCAAAAGGAGACAAGCUUAUACAGAAACUGAUGAUUGAUGAGAAGAAGUGUUAUCUCUUUGGUAGAAAUCCCCAACUAAAUGACUUUUGCAUUGAUCAUGCAUCCUGCUCGAGAGUCCACUGUUCCCUCGUUUAUCAUAAACAUCUCAACAUGGCCUUCCUAGUUGACCUUGGAAGCACUCAUGGAACAUACAUAGGAAAUAUCCGAUUGGAGGGCAACAAGCCAACGCAGCUUCCAGUAAACUCCACCUUCCAUUUUGGAGCUUCAACCAGAAUGUACACUCUGCGUGAGAGACCACAGACAGCACCAAAGCCAGUAAUGGAGGAGCUAGAGAGAAUGACUGAAGACAGCGAUGGAGGUUUGCUGGGUUUGCCAGAAACUGAAACAGAAUUGGAUAAUCUCACAGAAUUUAAUACUGCGCAUAAUAGACGUAUAUCAAUGUUGGGCAUUGGGGAGGACGAACCUAAACAGAGAGGGCGUAAACGGCACAAAUUUAAUGUCAGUUUUAAAGAUGAAGAGGAUGUGAUAAACCCUGAAGAUGUUGAUCCAAGUGUUGGAAGAUUUAGAAACCUGGUCCAAACAACAGUGGUGCCUUCAAAAAAAAGAAGACUGGACAUUGGCGGUCUCGUUUCAAGCAGCAGUGGACGUGAUGAGGGGUUAAGUAGAGGUAUGAUGCAGUUUCAGCGAAAUGAUAAUCUGUACGGAGACCUUCCUCCAGAGCAGCAUGGGCACGGGGGAUCACAUCACUCCAUGUUCUCCUCUCUACUGUCUUCCAAGCUUGGUUUGCCUCUUCCAAACCCUGCUCCAGAGGUCAGUGUUGAUAUGGUUGAACUGGCUCCUCCCGAACCAGUUGCCCCAGAGGUACCCGCACAUCUCCAAGUGGCUGUGGAUCCCGACGAGCCCAAGAAGAAGAAGUACGCCAAGGAAGCUUGGCCGGGAAAGAAGCCCACACCUUCUCUUCUUGUUUAGCCACCUUUGGCUGUCAGAGUAUGAUCACACUUUUAUAGUACCUUGUCUGAAAACAGUGGCAUUAGACCUCACAUGUUGGGUCUUGAUUAAACAUAUCCUUCAUAUGGAUUUGUAUUUUUAUAAAGUUUGAAUGGUUCUUAUGACUGAAAUUGUAGUAUAAAUCUUAUUACUGUAAACUUUGUGUGUGUGAUAUAGAGGUUUAUGACAUAUAGGAGAGUUUUUGAAUAGUGAUAAUAAGAGGUGCAGUAGACUUUCAUUAGUCUUAAUAGUACUGAGCUGAAUCAUUGAUUUGUCUGUUAUGGAUACUGAUAUGGUCUCUUUAAUAUUUCACCACAACAGUUCCCUCCAAUACUGAUCAUCCAGAAGAUGGUCAUUAUUGUUUCUAAUUUGUUAAAAUGUCUAAAAGUAGUAGUAUAAACACAUUGUAGUCUUAGUAUGUUUACCACUAAAGUUCCCCCCAUCCAAGAGUAAUCUAAAUUUGAUGUAGCAAAGCUAAAACAAUACAGGACCAUGUACCUUUGCCAGGCAUCAUGUCAUUGAGUUUUUCUCUUACUUAUCCAAAGUUUAGACUAAUUAAAAUAUAUUUCAGUAAAGUGACUUUUGUUUGCCCUAUGACUGGUUUUAUUGUAAGUACAUUAUUAAAUUCCUGAUUAUGGCAUAAUAUUUAGUUUAAAGAAUGCAUGGAUAUUUUUUUUUGUAUUGUGUAGCAGCUAUAAACAGAAGUAAGAAAAGGGAGGUUUUGGAUAAUUGUAACAACUGUUAUGCUUGAGAAAUUCUGAAGAAGUAGAUUUGAACUCUUUAGAAUGCUAGUCAGUUCAAUAAGGUAUCACUUGACUUUUUCCUAAUCUGCAUUAUUUUCUGGUAGCUGCACAACAGGGACGUCGUUAAUAAUGAAGAAGUGCUUAAAUACACUUUACUGUAUGGCGAAUGAUCAAGGAAGAUGGAACAGGCAUUUUCCAGUUCUAUUAUAUAUUUUGUUAUUAGUACAAGAUGUACUAAUUGUUCAUGAAUUGUAAGAAAAUUACAAGCUGUUGAACAUGGUAAAUGAAAGAAAAGGAGAAAACACACUACCGUGUUGAUACUAUGGUAUAAAAACCCACACUGUAAAACUAGAUUUAAUCUUUUUCAAUUAAAUCUAGUUUUACAGUGUGGGUUUUUAUACCAUGGUAAAUGAAUGUAAUAUACAAAGUUCAUAAUUAUUUUCUCAGAGCUACUCCUUUUGUCUGAAAUAAAAUGGGAAUUACAUUGAAACUGUAGGAAAAGAGAAGCACGGAUUUUCAGAGUAGCCAUGUUCAGAACUGAAGCAAGCAAAAUCAACUCUGUGAAUUACGUCAGACUCAAUGGGAACGGGUUCCAGUCAUUGUCAGGGGUCAGUGGUGUAGUGUGUGACCAAGAGAACUAUUCUGAUGCAGAAAUGUGUUCACUUUUCUUCAUGUUGUGUUCAUACUGCUAAAUGUAAUUCAUAUUCAGAGUGCUAGAAUAAUUUUGAAUUUAGUUAUGACUCCAAAGUGAUGUUAUUUUAUGAGCAUUAUUUGUAAAGCAUAAUCCUCACUCUGUAACAUAAGUGGUUCUAUUAAUACAUUCAGUUUUGUAGAUUCUGUUACAACUGUAGGAUAUUUCUCCAGCUUUCUCUUACAAGGUGUGAAAUCCCUCUUAUCCUAGGAGCUAUAUGUGGAAUUAGGAACCACACAUGUGGUCUCCUUGGAGAUAAAGGGUGAAGAAAGAAUAUGCAAUUCAACACCUUCAACUUAUUCUUGUCAAUAAUUCUUCUCUCUGAUGAAGCUAUACUGAAUUAAAUUGUUGAUUUGACAUAUGAUACAUCUCACUUACAAGCAUUUUCCAUUUUACUUACAGCAAAACAAACUGAAUAUUAUUUUAAGUGUCUUCUUUUUUCACCUCUAAAUAUUCUAAAAACAGACUCUGUCAAGUGGUAUUUUACUGUACCUGAAAUUUGCUAAAAUUUUGUAUAGUCCGUUUGCAGGAGUACUUUAGGCAAUUGGCACAACUACCAGUAAGUUAAAUUAUAACUUUAUGUGCAAAGCAUGUUACUGUUGUAAAUGCUAAUGUACAGAGAAACAGGAAGAGAAAUGAUAGUUAAACAUGACAGGAUUUAGGGCAAUUAUGACCACAAGAGAAUGCAGUGAAGCAGUGUGUGCUAAUGAUUUAUUAAGAUUUGGUUAAGAACUAAUUUGAUUUUUUUUUUAUUUCCAAUUGGCAAAACAUCCUUGUUAUGAGUUGCAAAAUUGCACUUCUGCUGUAAAAAGUUAUGCACAAUUAUUUAUAACCUUGAGAACUAAGCAAAAAACCAUAUGAUCAAUUGGCAAAUCAAAAUAAAUUAUGUAAUAUGUUAUUACAGAUCAGAAUUUUGUUCCCAUCUACCAGAUAAGGUUGCUAUGAGAGUGCUGGUGAUCCUGAAAAAAAAAAAAAAAAUGAAUAACUGUAGUUAUCUGUGGCUUAGGCAACAUCAUGCAAUGCAUUGGGCAAUAAAAGCAGUAUAUGCUAUAUUACUGUUAGUUAUUUAUUUUGAUUGUUGCAAAAUAUGCCUUAUCAUCAUGUACAUGUUCCAUACCCAAUAAAAUGUGACUUGUUUUAGGUCUUUUGGACAGAAAUAUUUAGUACAUGUGAAGUGGUUCUGUAGAUUAUGUAGGAAAUCCAUCUUCAUAUCAGAAAGUAGUUUUAGUGUGGUAAUUAUUUACUUUUGGUAUCUGACUUUGUGCACGCAAUAGAUUGGCUUCAGUACAUUUAUUAAUAAGAGGUAACAUUUAUUUUGUAGCUGCUGUAUUUCCAAAUGCAUAUCUGUUAGCUUCCCUUAUAGAUUUUCCUUGGUCAUUACCACCUCACAUUAACCAGUUCUUUUUUUAUUAUAUGUAGUUUAUAUGUAUUCACCCAUACCAUGUUUUUCAUUGUUAAUUCAUCCAGUUAGAUAAAAAUCCAAUUAAAAGUAAAUGAAUAGCUAAUUUAUAUGAGAAGUGAAUAUUACUUGUUUAGUUUAUGUUAAUUUCUACGAUUGUCUGUUAUGGAUACAUUUCAUACAACACUCAUAUAUGCACACAUGAUUUUCUAGUUGACUUUUAAUGUACUGAAAUACUGAAAUGCAGCUACUUGUUAGGGAUUAUAUUACACAUUGUUUAAAUAAAAAAGUAACAAUUUCUAACCAAAACUUUCAGAAAAAUUGUGCUUAUAGUACCAGCAUGAGCUAUAUGAUAUUCAGAAUAUGUUGAUUUAUAUUACAUGUAAAUUUUUGCAAAAUAAAUGCUCUGUUCUAGCAAUCUGAAAGAC